UGAAAUGGACUUAUAUGAAUGAAGCAAACAUAGCUGGCUGUGAAAAGUUCCUGCAACUCUCUCUCUCUCUCUCUCCAGAGAAAAAAACUAGGGUUUCCAAUUUGGGGAGGCGUCUUGACUUCAGUUGUUGAAUUUGGUGAAGAAUGAGCGCAUCUCGGUUUAUAAAGUGUGUGACGGUGGGCGAUGGAGCGGUCGGGAAGACGUGCAUGCUUAUUUCUUACACCAGUAACACUUUCCCCACUGAUUAUGUGCCAACAGUUUUUGACAAUUUUAGUGCAAACGUGGUGGUAGAUGGGAGCACAGUAAAUCUUGGGUUGUGGGAUACUGCAGGACAAGAAGAUUACAAUAGAUUGAGACCAUUGAGCUAUCGUGGUGCCGAUGUCUUCAUACUUGCAUUUUCUCUCAUUAGCAAGGCCAGCUAUGAGAAUGUCUCCAAAAAGUGGAUUCCUGAAUUGAGGCACUAUGCUCCUGGUGUUCCAAUUAUCCUUGUUGGAACAAAGCUUGAUCUUCGAGAUGAUAAACAGUUUUUGACCGACCAUCCUGGUGCAGUUCCAAUUACAACGGCUCAGGGAGAGGAGUUGAAGAAGUUAAUUGGCGCCCCAGCUUAUAUAGAAUGUAGCUCAAAAACUCAGCAGAAUGUGAAGGCUGUUUUUGAUGCAGCCAUCAAAGUGGUUCUGCAGCCACCAAAGCAAAAGAAGAAAAAGAAGCGAAAGGGUCAAAGAGCGUGCAACAUACUGUAACUUUUGCACAAGAUUGGGAAGAAAGUUGACUUUUCAUUGCUGAAUGAUCAAGUGCUGAUUACCCUUUAUAUGGAUUCGGAUGAAUUGCUCACGUUUGCUGUGUCUGGAAACAGGAUGUUUUGUGUAAGCUGAUAUAUGUAAUUCUGUAACACUGAAUAGCUAAGACUUGGGGACUAUUUGGCUAAUAUGUAAUAUGAUUUUAUGUAGAUUGUGGAUAGAUGAUGACUCUUAAGGCUGUUGAAUGAAAUUACAUCUGAAUAGUUAUUGAUGCUUAA